AUGCCGCGGAAGCAGUGGGUGUACGAGGUGAUCCGGGGCGAGCGGGAGACGGACAACGUCCUCCUCGACACCCCCGAGUUCGUCUUCCUACCCGACACCCACGCGCUCAACGACGGGAAGACCAUCAACUGGCUGGCCGUGGUCAAGGACCGGGGCCUGAAGACCCUCCGCGACCUGCGGGGCUGCCACCUGCCGAUGCUCCGCCGCCUGAGGGUGCAGUGCACCGAGUACAUCCUCGCCAACACCGAGUGGAAGCGGCACAACAUCAUGGCCUACUUCCACUACCUCCCCAGCGUCUUCCAGCUGCACGUCCACUUCUGCGCCCCGUACGGGUCCUACACCACCCUCGACGUCUUCAAGGUCCACCCCCUCGACACCGUCAUCGGGAACCUGGAGAUAGACAGCGAGUACUACCGCAAGGCCGUCCUCCCCACCGUGGUGGUGGGCAACUCCGCGCUGCUCGGAGUCUACGGGCUCACCGCCGUGAACAACGACUACAGGAACGUGGAGUCGCCCGAGAUCCAGCCCAUAGGAUGGAAGUGA